UCACUAUCAACGAUCUUGCGGUAACCGCAUGCGGGGUUAGUUGCCACAAAUAUUGUGCAAACCUUGACCAGUCUACUGUUUGCCUGCAACAGUGACGGCUUGCGAGUCUAGUUGCAAGAUGGCUACAAGUGAUGAUGGCUAUUCUCCCGUUACCUUCCAUAGGAACAAGGGAGAGAAUGUUGAGCUAACGAAGAGGAACACAGUAGCCACUAGGACUAAGAGCAGUGACUAUGGUAUAGUGUUCACCAGUAAGCCAAUGGUUGCUGGACAGAUGCUCAAGGUCACAGUGACAGAGAGGGAGGGUGUGCUUGGUGGAAUGAAUAUUGGCUUCACUGGAGAGAACCCGGAGGACUCGACACUGACACAGUUAGGAUAUUUGGACUGGCAAAAUAAGCACAAGCGUUUACUGCGUACUUUCUUCUCUGCUCUCCAUUACAAGAAUGAGAGACUCUGUAAACUGGGUUUCAACACUUAUGAUUUUGUAGUGGGUGAUUCCUUAGGAAUGUUGCUGACGCUGAAAAAGGAGGUCCACUGGUUUGUGAAUGAUGUGUGGAGAGGGUCUGUACGUGUGAAGGACUACCCCCUGGACACACCUAUGUGGGGGGUCGUGGACGUGAAUACGCAGUGUAAACAAGUCAAGGCAGAGAUUUGCACUGUGUCCAAGUACAACCCAAAGAGGAGGCUGAGCUCGAGAGAGAUGGGACUAGUACAGGAUGCAAGACCGAGAACACAGUCGAUGUUUUCAAGAAUGCUAAGGUUUGGAUCAACUAAGUCACGAGAUGGUGUUACUAAAACGGUCGAUAGUCAACUUUAACAACAGCUCCCACAA